AUGAUCUUUCUUGAUAAUGGCACAAAUUCUCAUGCAUUUGAAACUGCAUUUGGGUUCCAAGUAGACAAUGGAAUACCAAUUGAGAGCUGGUUUGAUGACCAUACAGAUCAAGAAUUGCUUUUACUACUUCCAUUUUUGGUGAGCUUGGUUGGAUUUGAAGAUGUCAGGCCAGUGAUUGCAAAGAGAUUCAAUCUUAGGGAGAAAAUAGCUGCGGCUGUGUAUCCUCCUUUACAUUUGAACAGGGGAGACCCCUUUGAAAGACCUGCUACUUUGCUCAUGGUUGUUGCACAACAAGUUAAAGAAGCAGAGAUCACCGAGCAGGACUCGCUUCUUCUGACGAGGAACUUGCUUCGUAUUGCUAUAUUCAAUAUUAGCUAUGUCAGAGGCCUUUUUCCCGAAAAGUAUUUCAACGAUAAAUCCAUUCCUGCUUUAGAGAUGAAGAUCAAGAAGCUAAUGCCGUUGGAUGCAGAGUCUCGUAGACUGAUUGAUUGGAUGGAGAAAGGUGUCUACGAUGCAUUACAGAAAAAAUACCUGAAAACACUAUUGUUCUGCAUAUGCGAAUCAACAGAUGGAGUAAUGAUUGAGGAAUACUCAUUUUCUUUUAGUUAUUCCAAUUCUGAUAGCCAAGAGGUUUCGAUGAAUAUUAAUCGCACUGGAAACAAGAAACAAGGGGGGACAUUCAAGUGCAACUCCGCCACUGAAGUUACUCCCAAUCAAAUGAGGAGUUCUGCUUGUAAAAUGGUCCGUACUCUCGUUCAGUUGAUGAGAACUCUGGAUAGGAUGCCUGAAGAGCGUACUAUAUUGAUGAAACUCUUCUACUAUGAUGAUGUGACGCCACUGGACUAUCAGCCUCCAUUCUUUAGAGGCUGCACGGAAGAGGAAGCUCAUAACCCGUGGACCAAAAAUCCUUUAAAGAUGGAGGUUGGAAAUGUCAACAGCAAGCACUUUGUGUUAGCUCUCAAGGUGAAAAGUGUACUUGAUCCUUGUGGGAAUGAAAAUGAUGACAUUCGAGAUGAUGAAGAAAGCCUAGGUGCUGACUCUGUUCAAAAAGAUGAAUCUUCUGACUCUGAUAGUGAGGUUAAUGAAUCACAGGAAGACCCAUUUAUUGUGUUACCAGUAGAUAAGCAACGACCAGAAGAAGAUAAUAGCAUGGAUGAUGAAGAUGAUACUCAAGAUCCCAUGGAAGAUGAAAAACAAUUGACAAGGGUGAAAGAUUGGAUCAAUAAUCAUCAUCUUGAUACUGUUGAACUUACUGAUGUUCUCUCAAAUUUCCCAGAUAUCUCAGUGGUUUUGACUGAAGAAAUAGUGGACAAACUAGUAAAGAAAGGCGUUUUAUCAAGCGCUGGAAAAGACAGCUACAUCAUAAACAAUCUGAAGAAGUCUGAAUAUGAGUUAACAAUUAAAGAAGAAAUGGAUGGUGAAGUCCAGAUUGUUCAGGGAUCUCCAAAGGUUGAUGAUCACAUGUAUUUGAAGGCUUUGUAUCAUGCUCUUCCAAUGAAAUAUGUGUCGGUUGCAAAGCUUCAGAACAAGCUGGACGGACACGCAAAUCAGACUGUUGUUCGAAGACUUAUAAAUAAGAUGAUUCGAGAUGGUUUUCUUGCAGCUAAAGGCAACCGUAGGCUAGGUAAGCGUGUCAUCCACUCCAUUCUGACUGAGAAAAAGCUACUGGAAAUCAAGAGAGCCUUAAACAAUGAUGCUAUGGUGAUGAAAUUUUGUUACUUGUCCUACAAUGCAUCUUCUGCAUAAUAUUUAAUUAUUCUCCAACUCUUCCUAAUGGAGCAGGAUGUGGAUGCCCAUGAACCACAUAACAAGACCAAUCAUCUGGAAUUUCCUACAACUGGAAGCAACAACAGGGAUACGUCUACAUGCGGUGUCCUCCGGUCCAUUGGUUCAGAUCUCACACGCAUGAGGGGCCGAUCUGACAUAAACCAAAAAGGUGCAAUCAGAAGUGAGCAGACUAUCUCAAAGACGUGGGAUAAUGGAAACACCCCCAUAAGCAGGACUGAGCCAAUAGCUUCAAGGGAGAGCUUUGUCCCAGGAUGUGAGACCAACAGAGUAAAUGGAAACUGCGAUGAGGUAGACAUUGUGGUGUGUAGUAGAACAUCCCAAGACAAGCGAGCCAGGAAAGCAAGCACGGUCAAGGAGCCUAUCCUACAGUACACGAAGCGCCAGAAAUCUCAAGCUGUUUGAAAGGAAUGGGGAAUGUAACGCCAAUGGGUGAACCAAACUCAAGAUUGGUUGGUGAAUUUCCUUUUCAAGUAAAUAAUAGACAAGUUACCGCUCCCAUUCUCUACCGAUGACUCUGGUAACCAAAGUGCAAAUAUCAACUGCUUUAUUUCAAUUUUUAUCUCCCAAAAUGAUGUAUUAGUAAAUGAGAAUUUACCAAUGCAGCCUUUCUAGUGCUAUGUUUUGUGAUUUGAUAGAUGGUAAAUAUUUUUUACCCAAAGGUGA